GAGACUGUAUAAAGGCAAGUCACUGCGGCCAUUAUGGUAUCCUUGGGCUAAAAACAGUGAAUUAACUUCUCAAUAUUGUAAAAACACGUUGCAUUUUAUACCGCUAGGGACACAAUAAGUUUAGUAACCGUGGCGAACAUACAGCUUGCCGGCAUUGGAUUGUGUGCGGUGUUGCAAAACAAAAAUUUUCUUUAAAAGACUAUAAUAAUGGAGCGAUGGAUCGGCAAGACUGCAGUGGUGACGGGGGCAAGUGCUGGUAUUGGAGCCGCAGUAUGCGUUGCCAUGGCUGACGCUGGACUCAAUGUCAUCGGGCUAGCACGGAGACCUCAGCUUGUCGAUAUUCUGCAGUCGGCAGUGACCGGGAAAGGUACAAUUAUUUCGAGGCGGUGUGACGUCGCGGACUCGAAGGACGUGGCGGAAACUUUCAAAUGGAUCGAGGAGAAUCACGGCACUGUACACAUUAUAGUCAACAACGCCGGUAUUUUAUGUGCAGGCCAUAUUACUGAUUUGAGCGACAAGCAAUUAAGCGAAGAAGAUGUCAUGAGGGUUAUUGAUGUGAAUUUAAAAGGGCCUGUUAUUUGUUCGCGGCACGCAGUUGCUUCUAUGAAGAAAGCUGGAUUCGAUGGACACAUUAUAAACAUUAACAGUGUGGCUGGACAUUACGUGCCAUUUGAUACUAUGUUUAAUUUGUACUCGCCAUCGAAGCACGCAGUUACUGUGCUCACAAAAACACUCGCCGGGGAGUUGGCGGAUUGUAAUAGUAAAAUUAAGACAACGAGCAUUUCUCCCGGCCUGGUGCAUACCAACAUGGUGCCUGACAGUAUGGUAGAGACGAAGCUGCCAAUCCUCAAACCAAGUGACGUCGCGGACGCUGUGAUGUACGUCAUCUCCACUCCGCCUAAUGUGAAC